UUAAGACCUAUGAACAGGUCAGCAACAGACGUUGUGACUGAGUUUGUUCUCCUCGGAUUCCCUGGUUGCUGGGAGAUACAGAUUUUCCUCUUCUCAUUGUUUUUGGCAAUUUAUAUCUUGACCUUGCUGGGGAAUGGAGCCAUUAUCUGUGCAGUGAGAUGGGACCCACGACUACACACCCCCAUGUACUUCCUGCUGGGAAACUUUGCCUUCCUUGAGAUCUGGUAUGUUUCCUCCACCGUUCCUAACAUGCUAACCAACAUUCUUUCCAAAACCAAGGUCAUCUCAUUUUCUGGUUGCUUCCUCCAGUUCUAUUUCUUCUUUUCCCUUGGCACAACAGAAUGUCUGUUCCUGGCAAUAAUGGCUUAUGAUCGGUACCUGGCCAUCUGCCACCCACUGCACUACCCCACCAUCAUGACUGGGAAGUUCUGUGGAAUGCUGGUGUCCCUCUGCUGGCUCAUUGGGUUCCUUGGCUACCCAAUCCCCGUUUUCUUCAUUUCCCAACUCCCCUUCUGUGCAUCCAAUGUCAUCGAUCACUUCCUGUGUGACAUGGACCCACUGAUGGCUCUGUCCUGUGCUCCAGCCCCCAUUGCUGAAUUUAUUUUUCAUAUUCAGAACUCCCUUGUCCUUUCCCUCACUAUUUUGUAUAUUCUCCGAUCCUACACUCUGUUGCUCAGAGCUGUUUUUCAGGUCCCUUCUGCAGCUGGCCGGAAAAAGGCCUUUUCCACUUGUGGUUCUCAUUUAGCUGUGGUGUCUCUUUUCUAUGGAGCAGUCAUGGUAAUGUAUGUGAGCCCUGCCUAUGGCAUCCCAACUUUGAUGCAGAAGAUCCUCACACUGGUAUAUUCAGUAAUGACUCCUCUCUUUAAUCCCCUGAUCUAUAGUCUUCGUAAUAAGGACAUGAAACUUGCUCUGAGAAAUCUCCUCUUGAGAAUGAGAAUUAGUCAUAAUUCAUGA